UCUAUUCUUCAAAUAUGUUGCCCCAUAUCUGUUGUAUUAGACCUAAAUAUGAAACUGUUAUUAUUUAAUAGUGAAAGAAUUAUAAUUGUACGUAAAUUAUUAGAUAAUGUUUAUGCACAAUAUAAAGAAUUCAGAACAACUAUUAUUGAAGACACUAGUGAUUCUUCAAGAAAUUAUUUUAGAAAACAUUGUAAUGAAAAGUUGAACAAUACAUCUAAUGUUCUUGAAGAGUAUCUCAUAGCUAUUAGGGAAAAUUGCAAUUCUUUGGACUUUUGA